AUGUACUGCUAUUGCGGUGGCAGUAGUCCAGACUCCGAGGGACUCAACAAGCCCAACAAUACGCCAUCUCGUGCGAGUUAUCGAGAAAGCUUUGAGGAAAUAUAUGGAGUGCCAGAGAACUUCUUGGAGAUCGAGGUGACAGACCCACAAACACACCAACCCACAUCCUCGCCUUCGUCCCGAUACACGACAUACCUGAUUCGACUGAGCACAAAUAUUCCCGCAUUCAAGCUUCGACGAUCAGAAGUGCGCCGGCGAUACUCUGACUUCGAAGUCUUUCGUGAUCUGCUAGAGCGAGAGAGCGCGAGAGUGUCGAUUCCUCCCCUUCCCGGAAAGGUCUACUUGAAUCGAUUCGACGACUCAGUGAUCGAAGACCGGCGAAAAGGCCUUGAGCGAUUCCUCAAGAUUGUUGUGGGGCAUCCACUUCUACAGACUGGAUCGAGAGUGCUAGGAAGCUUUGUACAGGAUCCGAAUUGGGACAGGAACGCUUGGUAG